AUGUCGUGGCAAUCGUACGUUGAUGACCACCUUAUGUGCGAUGUCGAAGGAAACCACCUCACCGCCGCCGCUAUUCUCGGCCAAGACGGCAGUGUCUGGGCUCAAACCGCCAACUUCCCUCAGUUGAAGCCUGAAGAGAUCAAUGGAAUCAGCAAGGAUUUUGAUGAGCCUGGGACUCUUGCCCCAACGGGUCUAUUUCUUGGUGGUGUGAAAUACAUGGUUAUUCAAGGUGAACCAGGAGCUGUGAUCCGAGGGAAGAAGGGACCUGGAGGCGUUACUAUCAAGAAGACGAAUCAAGCCUUGGUCAUUGGUAUCUACGAGGAGCCCAUGACUGGAGGUCAAUGCAAUUUGGUUGUUGAAAGGCUUGGGGAUUACCUCAUCGAGUCUGAACUCUAA